GAUUGGCUCAUUGUAUUUUGGCGAAGAUUUUAAAACGAGCUGUUUAUUCAUAAACUCGUACGACCGUAUAUUUUUUAUAGAUAGUGUUGUUUUUAUUUCCGUUAGAAAAGUUAUAACAACGGGACCCUCUCAAAUCCACCAUAAUACGGACCCGUUAUUUGCAAAGCUCUUUACUGUAGGCUAAGUGCACUUGUCGGUCUCAGUGUCUAUCGCUCCGCCUACAUUGGACUCUGGACAUACAAACACACACACACACUGAAGCUUUAAUACACUAGUGCACCGCUUAUCUUUCGGGAUAAUAUAACUGUAUAUAUCACACAUCCCAUAAAGAGAAGAGACUCACAGGAGCGCAGUUGCCAGCAUGUUCUCAUACGGAGGAAUCUCAGCACAGAUCAGUACUAACAGGCUAAAGGCAGAUGGCGUGGGCUCUUUUGAGCAGGCUUUACACUUCCAGAACCAGGACUUUGAGUCCCUCAAACGGGAGUGUUUGGAAGGGGGCUACCUAUUUGAAGACCCCUGCUUCCCCGCCGAACCCCCCUCUCUCGGCUUCAAAGAACUUGCCCCGUAUUCCUCCAAAACCCGUGGUGUGGAAUGGAUGCGCCCCACGGAGCUCAGUGAUGAUCCUCAGUUCAUUGUGGAUGGAGCCUCACGCACAGACAUCUGUCAAGGAGCUCUGGGUGACUGCUGGCUCCUCGCUGCUAUAGCCUCGCUGACUCUCAAUGAAAGACUCCUCCACAGAGUCGUCCCUCAUGGCCAGAGCUUUCAAGAUGACUAUGCUGGAAUAUUUCACUUUCAGUUCUGGCAGUUUGGUGAGUGGGUUGACGUUGUGAUUGAUGAUCGGCUCCCGGUGAGAGAUGGAGAGCUCAUGUUUGUCCAUUCAGCAGAGGGAAAUGAGUUCUGGAGCGCCUUGGUUGAAAAAGCCUAUGCUAAGCUAAAUGGCUCCUAUGAAGCUCUCUCUGGAGGAUCCACCACUGAGGGUUUUGAGGAUUUCACUGGAGGGGUUUCAGAGAUGUUCGAGCUCCGCAAAGCUCCAAGAGACCUGUACCGAAUCAUCAGCAAAGCCCUGGAAAGAGGCUCUCUGCUGGGUUGCUCUAUCGAUAUCACCAGUGCCUUUGACAUGGAAUCUGUGACAUUUAAGAAGCUGGUCAAAGGUCAUGCUUACUCGGUGACUGCUCUCAAACAGGUGGAAUUUAGGGGUCGUACAGAGAGGCUUAUCCGUAUCCGUAACCCAUGGGGUCAGGUUGAAUGGACGGGGGCCUGGAGCGACAACUCCCCUGAAUGGGAUGAAAUCGAUCCAUCUGAGAAGGAUGACUUGCACUUACGAAUGGAGGAUGGAGAGUUCUGGAUGUCGUUCAGUGAGUUUUUGCGGCAGUUCUCCAGGCUGGAGAUUUGUAAUCUGACUCCUGAUGCUCUGAGUGAUGAUGACCUGAGCCACUGGAACACCAUCAAGUUUCACGGUGCCUGGCGGAGAGGCAGUACCGCAGGAGGCUGCCGAAACCAUCCCAACACGUUCUGGAUCAAUCCACAGUACAAGAUCACAUUGCUGGAGGAGGAUGAUGACCCAGAGGAUGAAGAAGUGGCCUGCAGCUUUCUGGUGGCUUUACUGCAGAAAGACCGCAGACGGUACCGGCGCCACGGACAGGACAUGCACACCAUCGGCUUUGCUAUCUACGAGAUUCCUGAAGAGUAUGCAGGCUGUCAGAAUGUGCACCUUAAAAAGGACUUCUUCCUGACACACUCAUCGUGCGCCCGCUCUGAGACCUUCAUCAACCUGCGGGAGGUCAGCACUCGUCUCCGUCUGCCUCCCGGUGAAUACAUUAUCGUCCCCUCCACCUUUGAACCCAGCAAAGAGGCUGAUUUUGUCCUACGAGUCUUCACUGAAAAGCAGUCCCAGACAGAGGAAUUAGAUGAUGAGAUUUCAGCUGACCUGGAGGAUGAGGCAGAAAUUACAGAAGAUGACAUUGAUGACUCUUUCAAGUCAUUGUUUGCCCAGCUGGCUGGAGAGGAUAUGGAGAUAUCUGUCCGUGAACUCAAGACUAUUCUGAACAGAGUAGUGUCCAGACACAAGGAUCUAAAGACAGAUGGCUUCAGCAUGGAGUCCUGCAGAACUAUGGUCAACCUUCUGGAUAAAGAUGGCAGUGCACGGUUGGGUUUAGUAGAGUUUCAGAUUCUCUGGAACAAAGUAAGGAAGUUGCUGGGGAUCUUCAGAGAAUUUGAUAUUGAUAAGUCGGGUACUAUGAGCUCUUAUGAGAUGCGUCUGGCUGUAGAAUCAGCAGGCUUUAAGCUCAAUAACAGACUCAACCAGAUCCUUGUAGCCAGAUACGCUGAGAACGAGGUCAUCGAUUUCGAUAACUUUGUCUGCUGCCUGAUCAAACUGGAGGCCAUGUUCAGAUCUUUUCAGCAGUUGGACAAGGAUGAAACAGGAACGGCUGAAAUGAACCUAUCUGAGUGGCUCUUCAUGACUAUGUGUGGCUGAGGUACAACACUUUGUGAACAUCCAAUUCAAGAACCUGCUGAAAAGCGAAAAGGAGUGCUGAACUCCUCAUGCAACAAUCCUAUUUCCACUUUAACCUCAUUAGAAUAAAGUACUACUAUUUUUUAAGGAUUUAUUUUUCAAUCUUAAUAAUAUAUAUAUUGCAGUUACACUACAAAGAAACAACCUCUAAUGAGAAACGCUGCCUGAAGAGGACCUCCACUCACUACUUCUGUAAUGAAUGAUGGAAUGGCUGAGGAGCAUUAUGUGCAUCGGAUAAAUAUAUGAGAUAACGUGAGCUUGCUUUUUGUCUUAACAGAAGACCAGCCUUAAUUUACAAAAGGCUGUCUAUGAAUAGUGCCAUAGUGGGAGAAAAAUAAACCACAGCACUGCAUGUUCUCCUAUAAGGUGAACUAAUGCAUCCUAUUAAAAAAGUUUUAGGUGCACAAUGUGUAAUUGUGUAGAUAUUGUCACUGAUUUCCCAUGAUCAGAGUUUCAAAAUAAACUCUGUUAUACUAAACUUGCAUAACAAACUGUUUUACUUCAUGUGUUCUGAAAACAAAUCCAAAAACCUGAAACGUUCUUACAAGUGAGUCAUGGAGCAUUUAAUGGUGAAUUUUGUUAAAUGAAUUCUUAAAAAUGAUAGCAUGUUUACGCCAUGUGAUAAAAAUAAAUAAAUAAAGGGAAUUUCAGCUUUUCUCUCACAGUUCUGACCUUCCCCCCACAAAAUUCAGAAAAAAGUCAGAAUUGCUUGAUAUAAACAUUCUUGCAAUACCAAGUUUACAUCUUUCAAUUAUGUUUUUUGUUUCUGCACCCCACCAACCAGUAAUGCCACACUCCUAGAAUAAAUAAAAACAUCUUUUAUUCUCACUUCGAUCAUUGAAACAUAGAAUCACCCAAUAAAGCUGAGCUCCCAGCUAACGACCUGCUGCUCACACUCUCCACCAGUGACGUGUGCUCCACCCUGAGCAGGGUGCACACAUAAAAAUCGGCUGGCCCUGAUGGCAUUUCUGACCGAGUGCUCAGGGCCUGUGCAGAACAGCAGGCUGAUGUAUUUACUAACAUCUUCAACCUCUCCCUGGCCCCAGCCAUUGUCCCUACCUGCCGCUCUUUCCGUCACGCCAAUCAUACCAAAAUGUUUCAAAGGGCUGGUACUCUCCUAUCUGAAAACAUGCCUGCCCCCCAAACUGGACCCAUUUCAGUUCAUCUACAAACCCAACAGUUCAAUUGAGGAUGCCAUUGCCUCAGCUCUCCACAAUGUCCUAAAUCACCUGGAUAAAAGUAAUACUUAGUCUGAAUAGUAUUAAUCGAUUUCAACUCUGCUUUUAAUACUGUGAUUCCAACUAAGAUGAUCUCAAAGCUAACUGACGUUAGCAUCAGCCCCUCUCUCUACAGCUGGACCUUGGACUUUCUCACUAACAAACCACAGUCUGUUAGGAUCUCCUCUAUCCUCACAUUGAAUGCUGGUGUACCACAGGGCUGUGUUCUGAGCUCAGUUCUCUAUUGCCUUUUAACCCAUGACUGCAUACAUUACAUGGCUCUAACUCCAUAAACAAGUUUGCAGAUGACACCACGGUGUUAGGCAUGAUCAACAGCAACAAUGAAACUGCCUUCAGGGAGGAGGUUCAGCACCUGUCAGUGUGGUGUGACGACAAUAAUCCCGCACUCAACCCCUAGAAAACCAAGGAACUGAUUGUGGACCCCAAGCGGACUAGGAAAGACCACACACACAUAUGUACCUACAUCGAUAGUGCCCAAGUAGAGCAUGCGUCUAAAAUGUCACCUGUCCCCCCACAUCCUGCUAAACUUUUAUCAAUGCACAGUUGAAAGCACCACAAGGCCAGCCCACCACCCACCACGCACGCAGUCAUCACCUCAUUCAGACUAUAAGUCGCACCUUAGUAUAAGUCGCAUCAGUCCAAAAAUAUGUCAUGAUGAGG